CAAGGCUGAAGGGCAGAGAGCAGCGAGGCUUUGAGUGGUCGUCGCUCUUCUCACUCUCACAAAUCCAAAUCCCCACAAUCCAAAAACCCAAUCCAAAAAGAAAAUCAACAACAUCUCACCAACCAACCGUAAAACAUGAUGAUGAUCAGCACUUCUCCCUCUGCCUCUAUGGCUCUCAUCAACGUCUUGGCUGAAGCAAGCAAGGCCACAAAUGGGGGCUCCGAUUUCAAGCCACUUCCCACCAGUUUCAAACCAGGUCCCAACGAUGUUAUCUGUGCAAGAGGCAAAGCCAGACACCAUGUUGGCAAUGUUCGGUUCAUGACAGUUGUCGAAUCGCAUUACCCGAAGUACGCUAAUGCCAAAAACAGAGUGGAAAAGUCCUUGAUUGUGUCUGAAAUCGUGGACCAAAUCCGGGACGACAGCCCUCUUGGAGGUUUCGUCCGCCCUGAAGGAGGCCGCUGGUACUUGGCCACUGAUGCCACAGCCAGAGAAAAGUUUGGACAGCGUCUUCGCGAUCUUGUUGGCAGCGGCAAGUAUGCAUCCAGUUCCAAGGCCAAGAGAAGCAAGCGCCGAGCCCAUGAAGCUAUCCUUGCCAGCAAGGUUGGUGAUGUCGUCGCAUCACAGCAAGGAACCAGCUUGGCCGACCGAGUAAAGCAGCUUGUGGCAGAACGCAACGUCCACAGGAACGAUGAUGCCCAAAUGCAAUCGAUUUUCAACCAAGCAAACGUUGAGCUUCUCCAAAGACUCAACCGCAACGCAUAAACAGCAUUCCUCCUACUAUGAUCACAUCGAAACAUUCAUCUAUCCUAUUCCUCCUGGAAAACAUGUACAAUUCACUUCCUUUAUACAAACCCAAUACCUCUAGCCUCCAGUUACUUCAUU